AUGGCUCAACUUUUGGCCGAUGUCGAACUCGUCAAAAACGACGGCUCCAAGCACAACGCCAGCGAGUUGGAGGGCAAAGUCGUUGGCCUCUACUUCUCGGCUCACUGGUGCCCACCGUGCCGUCAAUUCACGCCAGUUUUGAAGGAUUUCUACAACGAUUUGGCCGAGGAGGGCGACUUUGAGAUCGUUUUUGUUUCGUUCGACCGAUCGGCCGAGGAUUUGAAGAAAUACCUUGACGAGGCGCAUGGCGAUUGGUUCCACAUCGCUUACGGAAACCCAAAAAUUCAGGAACUCGCUACGAAGCUCCAAGUGAGCGGCAUUCCGGCAUUCAUCAUCGUCAAGCCAAACGGUGACGUCAUCACCAAGGAGGGACGUUCCGAGGUUUCGAGCAAGGCCCCCAAGCAAGCGCUCUCCGGCUGGAAGAAAAGUUUG